UCGCGUUGCGCAGCGCUGUCGCACGCUGAAAAAUUGUCGUGGGAAAAGUGAAAAUAGCCACAGAGAGAGAGAGAGAUGAGAGCGAGAGAGAUGGUGUGCAUUUAAAUUAUGCAAAUUACGUAUACGCAAUAUGCUUUUAACGCGCGCUGAAUGUGUUGCAAUUCUAAAGAAUUUCCUAAAUGCACAAAAAUUUGAACUAUUGAAUUAUGAUUUAGUUAGCGAUAAAAGUGCAAUUGGUUACUUGGGUGACUAUUAUGCUUUGAUUUUAAGUUAUCGCCUGGCUGACGCACCAAAUGAACAGCAGCAAAAAUUCUUUGUCAAGGCGCUGCCGCAACAAAGCGAUGAAACCGAAAAGGAGGCCAUAUUUAGCAAAGAGGCGUGGCUGUAUGAGCAACUAUUAGCCAAUAUGCAAAAAUAUUCACGCAUUAAAUGGAGCGCCAAUUGUUACUACACGCGCGCUGAUCUCUGCGUGCUGCAGGAUAUUACACAGCAGGGCUAUGCCUUGGCAACAAGCAAGCUGCUAACACUAGAGCAGCUGCAACAAGUGCUGCGUUCACUUGCCGCUUUUCAUGCUGCCAGCUUUGUCUACGAGCAGCGUAGUGGCAAAAAUAUUGGCUUGACAUUUGGCCACAAGCUGCAGGAAAUUACAGUGGCUGCUAACAUUGCCUGGUUUAGCACCGGACUCAAAGCUGUGCUGGACGUGCUGCGUAGCUUGCCACAAUAUCAUUCCAACAAAGAAAAAAACUUUAUCAACCAACAACUGCCUGGCAUAGUUGAGCGUGUGUACGAGCAAGUGCAGCCUGCUAGAAAAUAUAGAAAUGUGCUCUGCCAUCGCGAUCUUUGGGCGGGCAAUAUAUUCUUUGCUCAGCAGCAACCCGCUUUGUUGGUGGACUAUCAAACCUGUCGCUAUUCCCCACCAGCUGUGGACUUGGCCUUCUGUUUGUAUCUUAAUCUUACAAGCCAGACACGUGCGCAAUGCGAGCUGCAGUGCUUGGAUUUCUACUACAAUUGGCUGCAAGCGGACUUGCAACACUUUGGUCUGGCUGCCAAUGAGCUGCUAAGCAAAGCGCAACUGCUGCAAUCAUAUGAAGAGUAUCGUUUGGUUGCAACUGUUUACAAUGCUCUUGCAGCCACAAUGAUAAAUGUGCCAACGCAUUAUGUUACCAAUGAAUAUAAAUACGUUAAUCGCAGUGAUACAAUUUUAAAGUAUAUGCAACAAAAUAAAGAAUUUGCUGAUAUAAUGCAAAGAAUAUGCGGCGAGGUAUACGAAGUGGCUGUGUCAAUGGCAGAACGUUCUUUAUAAAGUGUAUACUAUAGUCAAGUAUAAAAUUAAGUACAUAAUGUGCCUUAACUUUUACGCCUUAGUCUAAUAAAAAACUGUAAUAUAAACACCAACAU